AUGACUCAGCCGCAGCAGAACGAGUUUAUUCCGCCCCCGGAGUGCCCCGUCUUUGAGCCCAGCUGGGAGGAAUUCGCCGACCCUUUCGCGUACAUCAACAAAAUACGACCAAUCGCGGAGAAAACUGGCAUCUGCAAAAUCCGACCACCACCGGAAUGGCAGCCACCUUUUGCUUGUGAUGUUGACAGACUAAAGUUCACGCCACGAAUACAAAGACUUAAUGAGUUGGAGGCUCAGACUAGAGUCAAACUCAACUUCCUGGAUCAAAUUGCAAAAUUCUGGGAGCUCCAAGGAUGCACUCUGAAAAUUCCUCACGUUGAAAGAAAGAUUUUAGACCUGUACCAACUCAAUAAGUUGGUAAAUGAAGAGGGAGGCUUCGAUGCGGUGUGCAGAGAGCGCCGUUGGACUAAGAUAUCAGUCAAGAUGGGAUUUGCUCCUGGCAAGGCCAUCGGCUCUCAUCUGCGGGCGCACUAUGAGCGGAUCCUCUACCCAUAUAACCUUUUCCAGAUUGGAUCCAAUCUGCCUAAGGCCACCUUGACCAACGACACUAAAGACAAAGAGUACACACCACACGACCUGCCCCAGCGCCAGUCUGUGCAGCCCCAGGAGACCUGCAGCAUCGCUCGCCGGGCUAAACGAAUGCGAUCUGAACGACUCUCUUUCAAAAAAGAACCUGGUGAAAUUUGUGAGAAUCGACCCAAUCUGAGGAGGAGAAUGGGAACCUAUGUUGGCAAACCAGAACCUGUGAGAAUGGCAGUCACCGAAAUAAAACAGGAGCCAACUGAACACAUGGACCCAAAAGAACAUGAAGAAACUGAUUUAAAUAAAAUAAACAAACCUCCACAAAAUAAAGUGGACCAGUACAUGUGCCUGAUAUGUGGUAGUGGGAGUGCAGAGGACCGCCUGUUGUUGUGUGAUGGUUGCGACGACAGCUAUCACAUCUUUUGUCUUAUCCCGCCCCUUCACGAUGUCCCUAAAGGUGACUGGAGGUGCCCCAAGUGCCUGGCUCAGGAAUGUGGUAAACCUCCUGUAGCAUUUGGGUUUGAGCAAGCCAGCAGAAGCUACACCCUCCAAGCUUUUGGGGACAUGGCUGACUCGUUCAAGUCUGAUUACUUUAACAUGCCAGUUCAUAUGGUUCCUACUGAGCUGGUGGAGAAGGAGUUUUGGCGACUUGUCAGCACUAUUGAGGAAGAUGUCACUGUGGAGUACGGAGCAGACAUCGCCUCAAAGGAGUUUGGGAGUGGUUUUCCUGUGAGAAACAGCCAUUUUGAAGUCUCUCCGGAGGACGAGCAUUACCUGACCAGCGGCUGGAACCUGAACAACAUGCCGGUGCUGGACGCCUCGGUGCUGACUCACAUUACAGCCGACAUCUGUGGGAUGAAGGUUCCCUGGCUGUAUGUGGGGAUGUGCUUCUCUUCUUUCUGCUGGCACAUCGAGGAUCACUGGAGCUACUCCAUAAACUACCUUCACUGGGGUGAGCCAAAGACGUGGUAUGGAGCUCCUGGUUAUGCUGCGGAGCACCUGGAGUCCGUCAUGAAGAAACUGGCUCCAGAGCUGUUUGAGUCUCAGCCUGACCUGCUCCAUCAGCUGGUGACCAUCAUGAAUCCCAACACGCUGAUGAACAACGGCGUCCCGAUCUACCGCACCAACCAGUGUGCAGGCGAGUUCGUGAUCACUUUCCCCAGAGCUUAUCACAGCGGAUUCAAUCAGGGCUUCAACUUUGCUGAGGCCGUCAACUUCUGCACCAUGGACUGGAUGCCUAUUGGCCGUAACUGCGUGGACCAUUACCGUCAACUGAGCAGAUACUGCGUCUUCUCCCACGACGAGAUGGUUUGCAACAUGGCCUUCAAAGCAGACACGAUGGAUGUGGAGCUGGCAUCAGCACUGCUGGGGGACAUGACCACCAUGAUCCAGGAGGAGAGGGAGCUACGAGAAAAGAUUGACAAAAUGAGUGUGGUGCAGCGUCGACGAGUUGAUUACGAGCUGCUCCCAGAUGAGGCGCGGCAGUGCUGCAAGUGUCGGACCACCUGCUACUUGUCUGGCAUCGUUUGCUCCUGCAGCCCUGACAAGAUGGCUUGUUUGUACCACGCCCAACACCUUUGCUCCUGUCCCUAUCGUAACCUCACACUCCAUUUUAAGUUUACCCUCGACGAAUUAUAUCCGCUGAUGGAGUCGGUGAAGCUGCGGUCGGAGUCCUACAAAGAGUGGCUCUCUGCUGUUGAAGACAUUGUGGAGAACAAAGGAGCCAAGAAAAAAGGUUUGGAGGAACUUCACAGCUUAGUGGAGCAAGCUGAAACCAAGGCUUUCCCUAAACUUAGCCUCCUGGAUCAGCUGCGCACCGUCACCUCCGAAGCUGAUAAAGUUGCUGUGAUGGCACAGCAGCUUCUCAACGGGAAGAGGCAGACGAGGUAUCGUUCUGGAGGAGGAAAGUCCCAAAACCAGAACGAGUUGACUGUGGAAGAGCUGAGGUCCUUCGUCCAACAGUUGGACAACCUGCCAUGCAACAUCCGACAGGCUCCUUUACUGAAAGACCUGCUGACCCGGGUGGAUGACUUCCAGCAGCGCAGCAACCGUCUGCUGUCUGACGAGGCGCCCAGCCCUCAGGAGCUGCAGGAGCUUCUGGACGUGAGUCUGGGCCUGGACGUGGAGCUGCCGCAGCUGCCGCUGCUAAGGGAGCGGCUGGAGCAGGCGCGCUGGCUGGAGGCGGUCCAGCAAGCCAGCAGCCGACCCGACAGCCUGUGUCUGGACACCAUGAGGAGGCUGAUAGACCAGGGAGUGGGCCUGGCCCCCCACAGCUCUGUGGAGAGAGCCAUGGCUCGCCUGCAGGAACUGCUGACCGUGUCGGAGCAGUGGGAAGAGCGGGUGCUCGGCCUCAUGGACGCCAGGCCGUAUCCCAGCAUCGAGACGCUUGAUGCCGCUUUACAGGAAGUGGAGAACAUCCCUGCUUAUCUGCCCAACUGUCUGCAGCUGAAGGAUGUUGUUACUAAAGCCAAGAAGUGGCUUAACGAAGCAGAAAUGCUCCAGAUGGGGGGACGGAUCCCCGUGCUGGACAGCCUCUCUGAGCUGGUUCUCAGAGCGGACAGCAUCCCGGUGAGGCUCGACCUGCUGGGCCGACUGGAGGCUCUGAUCAGCGACGUGCAGAGCUGGAAGGAGAGCGCAGCGAAAACAUUCCUACUGAAAAACUCCCCCCUGUCGCUCCUCGAGGUCCUCUGCCCGAGAUGUGACGUCGGUUCUGGGCAUCAGAAGUGCAGAUCUAAAAAAGUAAAAGAAGCUCUGCAGCUCAAUAAAAAAGCUUCCCUAAAACUGGAGUCGGUGUGUGAUGUGGAGAGAGCUCUGUCUGAGAGCAAAGACUCUCCGUCUGCUAUGAGCGCUCUGGCUGACGUGCGGCAGAGGGAGAUGGAGCUGCUGCUGGCGCUCAGAGCCUCCAACGAGUCCAAACUUCUGCCUGCCGACAACUCCUCUGCACUUACUGUCUGCCUUUGCCAAAAGGCCCCUUCAGGCGCCAUGGUUCAGUGCGAGCUGUGCCGAGACAUUUUUCACCGCGACUGCGUCACCACGGCAGCAGAGCUGGAGUACGGCCAGGCCUGGCUCUGCCCGCUGUGCCAGCGGUCGAGGAAGCCUCCUCUGGACAAGGUCCUGCCGCUGCUGGCCUCGCUGCAGAGGAUCCGGGUUCGGCUGCCGGAGGGAGACGCGCUCCGCUUCCUCAUCGAACGAACGGUGAGGUGGCAGCACAAAGUCCAACAGGCCUGCACCGACGGGCUGCUGGAGAGAGUGGCAACCACGGGGAAACUCGGACCUAAAACAUCUUCAUAUUUGACUCAGGAAAUAAAUGGUUCAUUUCACACAAAGCAUCUCUCCAUCCCACUCCAAGCACUUGGUCCUGAGCUGGAAGAGCUGAUGGUGGAGGGUUUCCUGCUGCAGGUCACCCUGCCUGAGACCGAACAGCUGUACAGAUAUCUGCUCUACAAACUGGCCCCACCGUCCUCGCACAACUCCCCCAGUAGGAACGGGGCAGAGCAGUCCGACGAGGGGAGCCCCCGACACAACAAGAACGGAGGCUCCAGUCUGAAGAAGGAAGUGAAUGGACAAAGCAAAAGGACUAAACGGCGGAAGGAUAGUUCAGACUCUCAGCAUAGCGAGAAGGCCAAAAAGUCUCGCAAGAAGAAGCCGAAGAAGAGCAAAGAAAGGGGCGAAGAGUCAAAGAGGACAAGCUCCCCCUCACACACCUCGUCAGAUCCGGCUCUUUCUGAUUCAGAGGAGGACUUCUCGCUGUGCGCUGCACCGUGGUGCAGAGAGCCUGAGGGCGACGAGGUGAACUGGGUCCAGUGUGACGGUAACUGUAAUCAGUGGUUCCACCAGGUUUGUGUGGGACUGUCUGCUGAGCGCGCUGAGAAAGAGGACUAUAUUUGCAUAAGCUGCACACAGCCUGAUUACGACCGAGGCGAGUGAAGACCAAACCGUGAUGUUGAAGGACGAGAAGUUGUUUUUACAUCAGCCGCAGCACCGAAGCGCACACGUGAACUCUGUGUCUGCUGUGGCUUCUCCUUUUUACCUUCUGGCUUGCCCUCAGUGAACAUGGUGCUAUCUCCUCCUCCCCCCCAGAGUUACUAAAGACUUCUGUCACUGUUUUUGUCACUCGGCUGGUUUUUCAGCUAAUCAACUAAUCCUUUACGAAACUUUCCAAGACUGGACGCGGAUGUGGUUUCAGAAAAACCCAACGGCGCAGGGAUUUCUUCUUUUUUUUUUUUUCCCAACCAAAAAAUGUCACUUUGACAUUUCAUAACUGUUUUUCUUUGACCUACAUCUGAACAAUGUGAAGCUUAUCUUUUCCUUGUAGAGUAAAUAUUAUUUAUCUGAGCAAUAGCUGAACAGAUUCAGGUUCAGUUUUCACCUGAGCUAUAUUUGUGUGUAGAAAAACUUUGAUAAGAUGCCUUCCUGAUGCAAAAACCCUGAAGAACUCACCUCACAAAUCCCCAAAAUGUCUCUCAGUACAAUAGAUAUUUGUGCACCUCUCACUAGAAACGACUCUUUAUCUCCUACCAGUGCAGAUGGUUGCACCUGAUCGUUUGCCCGUAUCCCUUAAUAAUUCACUGGCUUAGACGUGAAGUUGGGUUUCCUUUUUGCGCCGUCUGCUGGGGGAAGAUGAAAGUCCUGGGAAAGACUCGAUGAUGUUCACAAGGUGAGAACGAACGGCCCGACGUUAAAGGAAUGUACAUUUAGCUUUUUUGGGUGAGUUUUCUCUUCAUGGUUGAGGUUGAAAAUAUUGUGUUGGACUUAGAUUUAACACAGACUGUGUGAUUUAUUCGCCACGGGUAUAUGACCUUUUUCUUGCUCCUUUGGAUAAAUAAUAUAAUUCAUAUGUUGCAGUUUGCAUUAUUAAAUAAAAUGUUUGUUCCCA